AUGGGCGGAGCCAGAAACAUCUCCCACGGCCGCGGCGGCGCAGGCAACAUCUUCUCCGGCAAGGAAUCCCGCACCACGCCCAAAGACCUCGUCACCCCCACCAUCAAACAAGAUGUCUUCACCACCGGUCGGGGCGGCUCCGGCAACAUGAUGCACAACGACCCGGAACACCCCGAGAUAGCUCGGGAAAUGCAGGAUGUGGACUCGCCCCCGUUGCGCAUGGAAGAAGCGCCGCAUUUCAUGGGUCGAGGCGGCGCCGCAAACGCUUAUAUCCCCACUCCCGAAGAAGAGAAACGCGUGCGCGAACAGGAAGAGGAGCAGUUGCGUCGGGUGCGCACUCAGUCGGAGAACCGGAGGAAGGAUAUCGAGACGUCGAGCGUGUCCGGUGCUGCUGCUGAGGGCGGCGAGGAACGAAAUCCGUCCAGUUGA